UAACUGAUUAAUUGGAUGCACUACUGGAGCUUUUCGCACGAUGCCCUAAUAAUGUGGAUAAUCACAAGACUCAAAGCCUUCAGGUUUGUUCCAUGCAAGAUUCUUCGACAUGCUCAUGCGAACGCCCACUGGCCAGAAUCUUUUGUAUUUUACAUAUUCUGAAGCAUAAUCCAUGAAGAAUUUGCCAACUAUCAUUAAAUAUUCUGUGUGCUAAAUUCUUGAUCUCGUUGUUAAAUAUCCGCACGGUUCCUGAUUAUUACAUAAGCCUGCAAGCUGUGAAGCCCCAAGCAAAUCUGGUACCGUGAUCACCUCUCCGUCUUGCCUAUUCAAGACUUGCCAUGGCGACAACACCCACUUCUUCCGCCACUUGAUUUGUUCCAGGACCAGCUUUGCCUUUGCGUUGCGAAGAGAGCUGGAAAACGACGACAAGCGAAGGAAUUGGAGUUUGGAGCGCCGAACCAAGCCCCACUCCCCGGCUCUGCGUCCCUGCCACGCCUCACGACUUCUAAAAUCACUUUCCCUGGAAUCAUCAAACGGAGAGCGGUGAGAAGGGAUUCAGUUUAAGACGACUAGCUUGGGGGGGUGAUGUUUUUGUUCCCAUGUGCAAUGUGUCGUGCCCUGCUGUAGAGUAGGCAUCGAUCUCCUUGCAACCUGUUGCCGCUUCUGGGUUCGUGUCAUCGCUUUUUGAUGUUGGAGAGCUUGAUGGUGAAAUGCCUGUUGCCGAAAUCCUUUCUUGCGCUCGUUCCGGUUUGAGUUCUCUCGUCGAAAUCCAAUCUUCGGGCGGACAAUGAUUUCUUUAGGCUUCAUCAGCUCGCUCCGACGCCUCCCUUUCCCCGAUCAAAUUGCUGUCGCCGUACAUACGUCGCUGCUCCUCUUCUUCCUGCUACGGCGAGUCCUCGCCCGCACCAUCCGGCACCUCCCUACUCUCAAACAUGAUAGCCAGAACCCAGUCCCUGUUCAUGGGGAUUCAGGUUUCGGUCGGUUUGCAAUUGCAAGGGUCGGUUAUUGGUUCAAGGUCACGGCUUUCUGCUGCUGCUUUAUUUUCUUCCUUCAGAUUCUUGUGCUGGGGUAUCUAACAGUUAACUUGAUUUGGGGAGAGUCCCAAUCCAGAGACUAUAGUGUUCUGUACCUUCCUUUUGUUCAAGCAUUAGCUUGGAUUGUGCUGGUUGCAUCGGUAUUCCACUGUAAAUUCAAGGCAGUGGCUAAAUUUCCAUUCUCGAUUAGGCUAUGGUGGUUCUUCUCAUUCAUCCUCUGUUUCUACAUUGCUUACCUUGAUACCCAGCAAUUCUUAGCUAAUUCAAUUAGUUUACAGUCGCACAUGCUGUCUAACUAUGCUUCAUUCCCUGCUCUUGCCUUUCUUUUUGUUGCCUCUCUUAGGGGUGUCACUGCUGUAGAACCACUCAGGGAUCAUCAAGACCUCAGGGAACCAUUGCUUGCUGAAGAGGUGGGCUACCUUAGAGUCACCCCUUACAGUGAGGCAGGCCUUUUGAGCCUAGCCACUCUGUCCUGGCUUGACCCACUCCUGUCAUUGGGUGCAAAAAGGCCACUAGAGCUGAAGGACAUACCUCUGCUAGCUAAACAAGAUCGUUCUAAAACUUGCUACAAAAUAUUAAAUGCAAGUUGGCAAAAAUUGAAACUGGAGAACCCUAACAAGCCACAGUCACUGGCAUUGUCGAUCUUCCGAUCAUUCUGGAAAGAAGCAGCCUUAAAUGCUGUUUUUGCCGGUUUGAAUACUGCAGUUUCUUUUGUGGGUCCUUAUCUUAUUAGUUACUUUGUUGAUUACUUGAGUGGCAAUAUAGUAUUUCGCAACGAGGGUUACAUUUUGGCUUCAGUGUUCUUUGCUGCUAAAUUGACAGAGACUAUAACUGCUCGGCAGUGGUACAUAGGAGUAGACAUAUUGGGCAUGCAUGUUAGAUCAGCAUUAACGCCGAUGGUUUAUAGGAAAGGGCUUAGACUAUCCAGCUCAGCAAGGCAAAGUCACACAAGUGGUGAGAUAAUAAAUUAUAUGGCAGUAGAUGUGCAGAGAGUGGGUGAUUAUUCAUGGUACCUCCACGACAUAUGGAUGCUUCCACUGCAAAUCAUCCUUGCUUUAACAAUCCUGUAUAAAAAUGUGGGGAUUGCAACAAUUGCAACACUGUUAGCUACCAUAUUUUCUAUUAUUGUUACAAUUCCUCUUGCCAAGGUACAAGAACAGAAUCAGGACAAUUUAAUGGCCGCUAAGGAUGAACGAAUGAGGAAGACAUUUGAAUGUUUGAAGACCAUGAGAAUCUUGAAGCUUCAGGCUUGGGAAGACCUCUACCGCUUGAAGUUAGAGGAGAUGAGGAAUGUUGAAUUCAAGUGGCUUCGGAAAGCCCUUUAUGCACAGUCUUUUAUUACAUUUAUUUUUUGGGGAUCUCCUAUAUUCAUCUCAGUUAUUACUUUUGCUACUUCUAUAUUGUUAGGUCAUCAUCUUACAGCUGGUGGGGUUCUUUCAGCAUUAGCUACCUUCAGGAUUCUUCAAGACCCUCUUAGGAGUUUUCCUGAUUUGGUUUCUAUGAUGGCUCAGACAAAGGUUUCAUUGGACCGCAUAUCUGGGUUCUUGCAGGAGGAAGAAUUAUCAGAAGAUGCUACUAUAAAUGUUCCACAGAGUAUUACAAGCAAUGCAAUUGAAAUUAAAGAUGGAGAAUUUUGUUGGGAUACCUCCUCUGCCACACCCACACUUACUGAGAUACAACUAGAGGUUGCAAGAGGCAUGCAUAUUGCAAUCUGUGGUGCAGUCGGUUCUGGAAAGUCAAGUUUCCUAUCCUGUAUUCUGGGUGAGAUACCAAAAACCUUUGGCGAGGUUAGGAUAAGUGGUUCUACAGCUUAUGUACCUCAGUCAGCUUGGAUUCAAUCUGGAAAUAUAGAGGAGAAUAUUCUCUUUGGUAGCCCAAUGGAUAAACCAAGGUACAAAAGUGUUCUUAAUGCUUGCUGCCUAAAGAAGGACUUGGAAUUGCUAGCACAUGGAGAUCAAACCAUGAUAGGAGAUAGAGGCAUUAACCUGAGUGGCGGCCAGAAACAAAGGGUGCAGCUUGCUAGAGCACUUUAUCAAGAUGCAGAUAUUUAUUUACUUGAUGAUCCUUUUAGUGCACUUGAUGCUCACACUGGGAGCGAACUAUUUACGGAAUACAUAUUAACAGCAUUAGCUAGCAAGACUGUCAUCUACAUUACUCAUCAAGUUGAGUUUCUACCUGCUGCUGAUAAAAUAGUGGUCCUGAAAAAUGGCCGCAUUAUACAAGCUGGCAGAUAUGAAGAGCUCUUGCAUUCUGGAACCGACUUCAAUGCGUUAGUUUCAGCUCACCUUGAAGCAAUUGAAACAAUGGAUAUUUUGGAAGACACAAGUGGAACCACUGAUAUUAACUCUUCUGUCACCUCAAGUAAAAGAUUAACACAAAGUCCAAGUAACAUUGACAAUUUGAAAAGUGAAAUACCAGACAAUGAACAAGUAUCUAAAGAAAAAGCAGUAAAAGAGAAAAAGAAAGUCAAAAGCAUGAGGAAGAAACUAUUGUCUCAAGAAGAGGAGCGUGAAAGAGGAAGAGUUAGCUUGAAAGUAUACUUGUCAUAUAUGGCUGCAGCAUACAAAGGAACACUAAUACCUUUGAUCAUCCUUGCUCAAGUAAUAUUUCAGGUGCUCCAAAUAGCAAGCAACUGGUGGAUGGCAUGGGCAAAUCCUCAAACUAGAGGAGGCAAACCAAAAGCAGAUAGCAUGCUUCUUUUAGUUGUUUAUAUGAGCCUUGCUUUUGGGGGUUCACUCUUUGUUUUUAUUAGAGCUGUUCUUGUAGCUACAUUUGGGUUAGCAGCUUCACAGAAGUUGUUUCUGAGAAUGCUUAGGACUGUAUUUCGAGCUCCAAUGUCAUUCUUUGAUACUACUCCAGCUGGGAGAAUCCUUAAUCGAGUUUCGGUGGAUCAAACCGUCAUGGAUCUUGAUAUACCUUUCAGACUAGGUGGGUUUGCUGCAACGACAAUACAACUUCUUGGUAUAGUUGGAGUUAUGUCCAAAGUCACUUGGCAAGUGCUGCUUCUAUUUGUUCCAAUGGCAAUAGUAUGCUUAUGGAUGCAGAAAUAUUACAUGGCGUCAUCAAGGGAACUAGUGCGGAUUCUUAGCAUACAAAAAUCCCCAGUAAUUCAUCUUUUUGGAGAAUCUAUUGCUGGAGCUGCUAUAAUUAGAGGGUUUUGUCAAGAAAAACGCUUUAUGAAGAGAAAUCUAUACUUACUGGAUAGCUUUGCACGCCCAUUUUUCUGCAGUAUUGCAGCUAUUGAAUGGCUUUGCUUGCGGAUGGAAUUGCUCUCAACAUUUGUAUUUGCUUUCUGUAUGGCACUCCUUGUCAGCUUUCCACAUGGAUAUAUCGACCCUAGUAUGGCAGGUCUAGCAGUUACCUAUGGCUUAAAUAUGAAUGCUCGUUUAUCACGGUGGAUAUUGAGCUUUUGUAAACUUGAGAAUAAAAUAAUUUCCAUUGAGCGCAUACAUCAAUAUUGUCAGAUCCCAAGUGAAGCACCUACUAUCAUUGAGGAUUUUCGCCCUGCAUCUUCAUGGCCUCAGACUGGAACUAUUGAACUAAUUGAUCUCAAGGCCCGUUAUAAAGACAAUUUACCUAUGGUCCUUAACGGCAUAAGCUGCAAGUUUCCUGGUGGAAAAAAGAUUGGAAUUGUUGGGCGAACUGGAAGUGGUAAAUCCACUCUUAUACAAGCCUUGUUCCGCCUAAUUGAACCUGCAGAAGGAAAAAUCAUCAUUGAUGGUAUAGACAUUUCUACCAUUGGCCUUCAUGAUCUUCGUUCUCAGCUUAGCAUCAUUCCCCAAGAGCCAACACUAUUUGAGGGUACUAUCAGGAUCAAUCUUGAUCCUCUUGAAGAGCAUUCUGAUCAUGAAAUCUGGCAGGCACUUGAUAAAUGUCAGCUUGGAGAUGUUAUCCGUCAUAAGAGAGAAAAGCUUGAUGUUCCAGUCUCCGAGAAUGGAGAAAACUGGAGUGUUGGACAACGCCAACUUGUUUCUCUAGGCAGGGCUUUGCUCAAACGGGCUAGAAUAUUAGUGCUUGAUGAAGCGACAGCCUCAGUUGACACUGCCACAGAUAACCUUAUCCAAAAGAUAAUACGUAGAGAGUUCAGAGAGUGUACUGUCUGCACCAUUGCACAUCGUAUACCGACAGUUAUUGACAGUGACCUUGUUUUAGUCCUUAGCGAAGGUAGAGUUGCUGAGUUCAACAACCCACGUCGGUUACUGGAAGAGAAGUCAUCCAUGUUUCAUAGACUAGUUUCUGAAUACUCAACACGAUCCAGCAGCUUCCAUGAUUAUUGAAAAUGAGCAAAGUCAAUGAGCAAGCUAGAAAUGUUUCUAAUGGGUGAUGCAGUUGAUCAGUUAGCAGACAGCAUAGUAGUUUCCAAACCAGCAUAAGGAGAAAAGUAUAGAAAAAUGUGGAUAGCCCAAAUUCAAGCUUCCUUCAAAGCCUGUAAGACCAGAGUUAGGAUACAUCUCGUGUAAAUAUGCAUUUACUCUAGGUUAGUGCAAAACAAGGGAGCUGGAAAAUGAAUCCAUGAUUUUCUGCUUAGGUAGAAAAAUAAGGCAAUUUUGACAUUAUGUUUUAGAAUAGUUUACACAUUUUCAUUUCUAAGAUAAGUCUAGGAUGUGUAAUCAUCAAAGAUUCUGUACUACUAAACUGAGGUCAGUCAUCAAAGAGGUAGGUUUACUUUUCA